CGACAGCUACAUCGUGUGUGUAAAAGCCGUGGUGAUGGUGAGGGAUGAUUCCAGUGGGGGCUGGUUGGUCCAGGACGGGGGGGCUCUGAGUAGAGUGGGAGUCUGCAGGGUCCUGCCCCCCGAGCUGGGGCUGGGACUCGCACCCCUGGGUCGCUCCCACUUCCUCAUCCAUGGAGAACGACUACGGGACAAACAGGUGAUCCUGGAGUGUGCUCUGAGGAAGAACCUUGUGUACACCAAAGCGACGCCCACCUUCCACCAUUGGAUGGUGGAGGACAGGAGGUGUGGCCUGACGUUCCAGAGGCCUGCUGAUGCUCGGGCCUUCGACAGGGGCGUACGGAAAGCCAUGGAGGACAUGGCAGAAGGCUCCACAACGUCCUCCUCAACACUCCAGAAUGAGGCAGAACUGGGCGACGAUGACGUGUUCACCAAUGCCACAGACAGCUCAUCUAACUCCUCCCCUCUCGCUGACUCAUGCCACUUACACAACAACUGCAUCCUGGGAAACGACCUCUACGAACCCUAUAGGUUGUCAGACCACUACUUCCUAGAUCUGCCUCUGCCCCGCAUCCCUCGCCACGUCACCUUCCAGGACGACGAGGAGAUCGUCAGGAUCAACCCUCGGGAACGUUCCUGGGAGCUCCCCUCGGAAUCCUCCUCCCGCUCGGAACUCCACAUGGACCAACUAGAACGCUCCUGGCUCACGGGCUAUGAGGACUACCGCCACGCCACCGUGCGCCACAAAUACAUCCGCCCGCCAGACGACUCUGAGUCCUAUGUCCACUUCGCUAAGAGCGAGCCACACAAACACCACUAUAGUUAUCCCCUGGUAUCCACACCGGUAGAUUCCUCCGACCCCAAACCUACCUUCAGACCUUUACCCAAGAGGCACCACUACGCCGGCUUGGGUUCGCAACACCGCCGUCCAGGGGAACAGGGCUUCGGUGGGGGCGUGGUCUCUACCCAGCCCCAGCCCCUCCUUCCUGGCUCGUCUGAUGGACAGGACAAGAAGUCUGAGGAGGGCGGUGUUGGCGAGCGCCUGCAGUGCCAAUACUGCGGCGAAACGUUCUACGGCGGUAAUAACCGCCGGGGGCGCUGCCAGGACGCGCCGGACCCGAUCAGGGCGUGCGUCCGGAGGGUCAGCUGCAUGUGGCUGGCCGACACACUGCUGUACCACUGCAUGUCUGACCCGGAGGGGGACUACUCAGACCCCUGCUCCUGUGAGGGGGGUGGCGAGGGGAGGCUGGGCACGCGAUGGGCAGCUCUGCUGGGGUUGUCCCUAGUGGCGCCGUGUCUCUGUCUGUACCCGCCCCUUCACGCCUGCCACCGGGCCGGGGUGGCGUGCGGGAGCUGCGGGGGCAGGCAUGAAGCCUCAAUGACAUAAACCCAAAAAACCCAUGGAGGGGAGAGGGGAAGGAGGGGGAGAAGAAGAGCGGUCCUAUGCCCCAUUUUGGUUUUGUGGUUUUGUUACUCUACAGACGGACGUGUAUAUACAGCGUUGGCGUGUUGUGGCUGCCAUUUUGAAAUGGCGUAAAGAUUGAUAAGCUCCUUCUUGUGUACUUGUCCUUCUCUCUCUCCUCUCGCCAUGUGACUGUCUUCUUCCCUCUAUUCCUGUUUGAGGGACGGACUCUUUAUUUUAUAUAUCUGACUAAUAUGUCAUGUAUCACAUACAACCAGGUACUUUCUACUAUUUACACCGACUUGGUGUUGAACAACUUGAAUUGUUUAGUUUGCGUAUGUUGUCCUGUGUGGUUGUUUGCUAGGAGAGCCUGUUUGAUAUUAGACCUGGGUUCAUAUAGUAUUUGACAUUUUUUUUAAAAUAAUUUCAGUGUUUGUUCUAGCCGGCCUGAAGCGCCAGAUGGGCGGGGUUUGCAGUGUCUAGACUCCUAUCGGUUCAUUAAUCCAGGCGAGAUCAAUCAAGCACAGUUUUAAGUCUUUGAAAUUAUUUCAAAUAGCAUUUGAACCCAGGUCCUUUUUUUUUUUAGAUAGUUCUGUUUAUAUGCCACCAGGGCCGAUCCCAGCCCCCUCUAAACCCAACUGGCCUUCUGUCCCAAGUCCUUAGAGCAACGACUAGGAGAUAAGCCUAAAGCUGCUGUACUAGUGUGUGUGUGUGUGUGUGUGUGUGUGUGUGUGUGUGUGUGUGUGUGUGUGUGUGUGUGUGUGUGUGUGUGUGUGUGUGUGUGUGUGUGUGUGUGUGUGUGUGUGUGUGUGUGUGUGUGUGUGUGUGUGUGUGUGUGUGUGUGUGUGUGUGACUAAAGCCUCCUUUGGUGUUAGUAACAAAUGUUACCUCUUCGCUACCCCAGUACAUUUCAUUUACACCAUCUUUACAUAAACUGCAAUAUCAGCAUUUAUAAAGGUUUGAGUUGGACCCUACAAUCAACCAGGAAA